AAUUUCAGUUGAUUCACAGUCGGCGUAUAUAUAAGUAUAAAGCAGUAUAAAUGAUUCGCACAUUCCAAAAUUUCCGCCCAACUGAUUGCACGGGAAAUCUUAACACCGAGACAUUACUACAAGGCGUGAUAAGAAACGAGCGCAGGAUGAAGACGAGCGCUCUGUGCCUGGUGAUACUGGCGAGUGGCUUAUCGUUGGUGGCGAGCGACAAGCAGUUGCUGCCGGAGUUGUCGUUCGUGUUGUCGGGUCACAGCUUGGAUUGGCCGUGUCAAAGCACGAAGAACAUCUACGCGACGAGCGGACGUUACAUCCCCAGGCAUGUGAUUGCCACGAGAGCGCAGGUCUACAGGGACGAUGUGAUAGUAGCGAUGCCGCGCUACAAGCCGGGUGUGCCGUUCACCCUGGCCGUCAUGUCGCUCAAGACGAAGGACUGCAUGCCGAAGGUGACACCGUUCCCCUGCUGGGCGAUCCAGGAAGAGGGCAACUGCGAAGCGCUGCAGAACGUGGUGGACCUAGUUCUAGACAUCCAAGAGAUCCUGUGGGUAUUGGACGUUGGUAUCGUAAACACUUUGGAGCAACCGGUGCGCAGAUGUCCCCCGAAAGUCGUCGGAAUUGACGUCAAAUCUGGAAAGGUCGUAAAGGUGAUUGAUGUAAACUUCUUGGUGAAGCCGACGUCUCGUCUGCAAUAUCUGUCGGUCGACUACGCGGACGACGGUCAGGUGUAUGUGUACAUAACCGAUGCCGGCAGCAACUGCCUCAUCGUUUACAAUGUAACCGCGGGAAAAGGAUAUCACGUGGUCCUUCCGAACGCUGUUACCCUCGGUGUCCAAAGCAGAGACGUGCUCUACUCGACGCUGGUGAAGAAGAGCUGCGGCACGCCGGUGUUGUAUUUGACUUACCUGGGAUCCAACAGGCUCUUUUCGAUCAAGGCCGAGAACCUGAGACGUGGCGUCACUCAAGGAGCGAUCGUGGAUGUCGGGCCGAAGCAACGCAAGAUCGUUCUUCUCGGAAACGAUAAUGGUUGCGCCAUUUUCUUCAGACACAAGGGCGAAUCCGAUAUCUACAUGUGGAACACUGAGACGCCCUUCAAACCGGAGAACUUCCUUCUGGUGCAACAGGGCAACGACUGCCGACUGCCGACCCAAGUGGUUCCUGGUUACAAGAGACUCAUGUGGGUGAUCGAGAGCAACUUCCAGGAUUAUAUACAGGACAAAGUGAGCUGCUCGGGCCCCUCCGUGGCCAUUCAUCCCUUGGUCAAGUCUUGCGAUGACUAGGAUUCACUCGUUAAGAUAGGAAUAUAGGAAUUGAAAUGGGCAAUUUCAGAAAGCACUAUUUCAAUGGACACGUGAAAGUAAUGUUGAAUGGAACGGCAAUGGAGAUACGACGAUUAGCGUAAGGUACAUAUAAGUUUAAGAAAAUUUCCAUAUAUGAUUCCUACUUGUACAAAUCGAACGAAUAUUGUCUUGGCGGUAAAAACGUUAGCAAAACAGAAAAUUAUUUUGUCGCUGAUCUAGUCAUGUAUCCUCGUAGACAGCAAGUUUAAUCUGCGAAUGUUAUAUCAAUCAGUGUAAGCGCUGAAACACUGGUUUCAGUUGCAUAGAUAAUUAGCGAAUAUACAAUGUGUAUAAUUGACUGUGACCAGGGAUUUGCGUUUCCAAGGUCGCGAUAUUUGGACGAGUUGACCAGUGUAAAGAAUUACUUGUCGAUGGUUAAUAUACCAGCACAUAGCCGGCACAUAACUGCCAAUUUCCAAGGCAAAAUUUUAAAACCUUGCGAUUAUUCACCUGCUCAACGAUCUAAAGAAAGUGAUUUAUUAACGAAAUAAAAAUAAUACCUG